AUGAAUGUCGGCAUUUCAGUUUUUAUUUUCAUUGACAAACCUUCCCAGCCUAUGUAUCUCAUAUUUUGCAACCUGUCACUUAGUGACAUAAUUGGAUGUACAAAUAUUUUGCCCCGUUUGCUGCAGAAUUUUGCGGCCUCCUUCGAGCGUCUCAUCAGUUAUUAUGGAUGUGUGGUUCAAGCUUUCCUCACGCAGUUCUUUGGUACCACUUCCCACACUGUGCUCAUGAUUAUGGCCUUUGACAGAUAUGUGGCCAUCUGCUAUCCACUACGCUAUUCUGCCAUAAUGACCAACAAGAUGGUGAUGAAGCUGACAGUUUUUGCCUGGGGAUCAGCCUUUGUUUUGGUUGGGAUUCUUAUCGGUCUGACUGUACGGCUAAACCGAUGCAGGAUCCUGAUCACAAAUCCUUUCUGUGACAAUCCCUCCUUGUUUAAACUCUCCUGUGAGAGUGUGUUUAUUAGUAAUGUCUAUGGCCUCACAUUUACUGUAGUCCUGUUCGUAGCUUCUAUAGGUAGUAUGAUGGGUCUGUCUCUGUAG